AUGUCGUCACGUUAUCGUCAUCAACCAAAAAUUGAUAGUCACGUAAUGUUACCUGGAAGUAAAAUCGGGAGAAGGUUUGUCGGUUGUUGUGUGCGAGGUGCGAACAAGAAGCAGAAGCAGCGGACGUGCGACGUGGAGAGAGCGAGCGGUAGCGGUGACGGCGGCGGUGGCGGCGGCAGAACGGAGGAGAAGUGUAGAGAGAGCGAAUAUACACAUUCACACGCGGUCGAUCUAUCAAACGUUUUGGAUUGGGCGAGACAAGGGGGCGGGUCUAGGCGGUACCGAAAGAGCGGCACAGUCCCUGGAGGAAACCCCGCCACUAGCGACGAUUUUUUUACGAAUCGCCGCGACUACUGCGCUUGUGUGUUGUGUGAUCGCGACAAUUUGUCGCCGUUAAAAGAAUUCCACGCUCUGACCGCAACAAAGAAACAGCCCCCCACUUCCCCGUGCCAGAGGCUUCCCACUCUGCUCCACCCACCGCAACACAAUCGCAAAAAUCAACAUCGACAGAAAGAAGCAAACUCUUCUAACCGACCACCGCAAUUAUCACCUGGUGCUUGCCGCUUAGCUCCUUUGCUACGCUACGCUACCAAUUCGGACGAACAUCAUAAUCAUCUAUCACACGGACUCUUCUACUUAUUUUGUAGACAACAUGUUUAUAAACGACCGACACACGAGAAAUUAGUGCGGGGUGUGCAAGGAAGCCAUGCUUCCCUUGGCGACGACUCAGUGAGUGCUGUUGCUACUGGGACAAUGUCCCAGUUUGCCUUCCGAUCUUCUCCGAAUACUCAGAGUGCAGUAUCUUCGGGUCCUAGUCAAUCGUCGCCUCCACCACCAUCAAGUAUGGCAGUUACUUCUUCAGCCCCGACUCCUGGAAGUCCUCCCGCGCCCACCCAAAGAUGCUGUGACACAGGGCGUCCGCUUUUCACCGACCCCAUCACCGGACAGAGUGUGUGCUCGUGCCAAUAUGAACUUUUAGGUUAUCAAAGAUUGGCGGGCAGCGUUCCCGGAUUGCCGGCCUUAUCUAUGUACAGCGCUCCGUAUCCGGAAGGUAUGGCGGCCUAUUUCCCAGCCCUUGGAGCCGACCAGGCACCGUUUUAUACCCCAACGUGGAGGUGCGUGGUACGAGUGGUAGCAGCGCAGUCUCCCGACGGUCUUAAGCCCGCUGCACAACAGCCCGGUAACGAGAUCGGGAACCUAAACGGUAAAGGUGGGAGAGACUCAGCAAACACUAUCUAUCAACAGUGGUUUCUUAGUCUCCCCCACCUUUACUGUUCAGAUUCCCGUUACCGAGCUAUUGUGCAGAGGGCUUUAGCUGCUGGUUUGGAACUUAAAGAAAACUUGGCUGCCGGAGCCGCUGGUUGGCCCUACCCAUCAGUAUAUCACCCGUACGACACUGCAUUUGCUGGCUACCCAUUUAAUGGAUACGGUAUGGAUCUGAAUGGAGCUCGCAGAAAAAAUGCAACCCGAGAAACUACCAGUACCUUGAAGGCUUGGCUUAACGAGCAUAAAAAGAAUCCGUAUCCGACCAAAGGCGAGAAAAUUAUGCUGGCAAUUAUAACAAAGAUGACGUUGACGCAGGUAUCAACGUGGUUCGCGAAUGCCAGAAGGCGGCUAAAGAAAGAAAACAAAAUGACAUGGGAACCUAGAAACAGGGUAGAAGACGAAGAUAACAAUAACGAUGAUGAUGAUGACCAUGAUCAUAAGAGCGCUGAUGGAAAAGAUUUGCUAGAUUCCAAAGAUUCAGGUACCGCUUCAAGUGAAGACGGAGAUCGUCCACCGCAUUCUAGAUUAGCACCUGAUACCGCUAGUGAAUGGAGUGAAUCGAGACCGGACAGCGGUCCAGAUAGUCCGGAAAUUUAUGAACGUCCCCCUCAUCCCGCUUUCUUACCUCCAAGAUCAUCGGGCUCUCCACCACAAAUGUCGGUAUCGGUCACGACAAAACCAAGAAUCUGGUCUUUGGCUGAUAUGGCUAGCAAAGAGAGCGAUGGUCCGCCUCAUUCAGCAGCUUCGACGUUAUAUUCUCAAGCUGCAGGAAGGUUAGUACCUCCUCUAGCAGGACGUCUACCACCUCCAGGCUUGCACACAGCCCCAUAUGCUAGACCGCAUGAUUUUUAUAGAAGCUUAUAUGGACCGGCUGCAGCCCAACACUUGGCUGCCGCAGCUGCAGGUGGAUCUCCCGAUGCAAGCCUUCUGGAAACUUACCAGAGAACCUUGGGUGCCGUAAGCGCCAGUCACACGGUACCUUCAUCAUUAAGCUCCGUACUUACCAAAGCAACUUUGGCGGCUGCCACGUCCACUUCAAGUGCCAGCAGUUUACCACUGGGUUUGACCACCAACGCAUCGCGGAUGUCACCGUCUUCAACAUCCAGUCUGUCCUCUGGCUCUGAGACGCCUUUGAAGCCCAUGGCGUUAAACAAAGCUUGACCGCUUACUUCUGUGGUUGGACUUUGGCCGUGAUCUACCUCGGAAAGUGUGCAUGCUGACCAAUGAAGGACAAUAAAAUGAUAAGGACGCCUCCUGUUGUGGUAGUGAUGUACAGUUUUUAUGUGAUAAAUCCCUUGGUUCCUUAUGUUCAAGGCGCCCGCAUUCUAGAACACUAAAAACAGUGCACGGACAGUUGACGCAAUCGAUACCAGUUAAAUGUUAUUUAAUUUAUUUAUAUUGUAAUUAUGGUUUUUGCUCGUACAACCUGGUUCUUUCCAGUAGCAUUUUUUCAACCUGCUGUUUUUAUUGUAAAUAAAUUUGGUGUUCUAGUAGUUUCCUCUUUACUUUUGUAUAUAAAUCGACUGUCCGACGGCAGCAGUAUAAAUCUUGUAUCUAUGUAUGUAUCUAGAUUAGAAAU